UUUGAGUUUGAGGUUAUAUCUAUUUCUGCUGCAAAGUUUAAAAGUAUUCUGCAGUAAAUAAUUAAUUCUUGGGCUCUUCAGUUUUUUAUCUUUAUUUACAAAUGUCAGUUUCAUUCAUAUAAUUGAUAUCUGUUUAAUAAAUCGUUACAAUGAAUAAUCUAAAAAAGUGUUGUUAUAUAUCUAAUAAACUUCUGAACUACACUCGAGUUGCCAGGAAAGGUAUUCAUUCUACCAGUUGUGCUUUGCGGAAAAGCGACGUCGACGUCCAUGAGGAUGAAGCUUCUUCGCCUUCUGUCGAAACAAAAGAAAAAGUUAAGGAACCAUUCAUCAAGAAUUUAUUUGCAGGUGUAUUUGACACUGAAAUGUUAGUUUAUCCUGAAUACAAGACUAUAGAAGAACUCUCAACUUCUCAAGAAAGAGUUGCACCUAUUAAAGACUUCUUCAUUCAUGUAAAUGAAUCACGAGCAAUUGAUGAGGAAGCAAAAGUUCCCGACUCAGUGUUAUCAUUUUUGAGAGAAAAUAAUGUAUUUGGCUCACUCAUUCCAAAACAAUUUCAUGGAACUGAUCUACAGAAGAAGGAGUACAUGUUAGCUAUCGAAGGUGUUGGGGUUGAUACUUCAGUAUCAAAUCUAUUGUUAUACAACUCUGUUAUUGCUAAUGCGUUUUUAUUGUAUGGAAAUGACUCCCAAAAAGAAAAAUAUCUAUCAAAAUUGGGCUCAGGAGAGUGGAAUAUUGCUUUUGCAAUUAAUGAGAAAAUCAGUGGGAUUGAUAUGACGGAUAUCUCAGUUAUUGCGAGACCCACGCCUGAUAAGAAGUGGAGUUUGAGUGGAACAAAGAUGUGGGUUGCCAAUGCCGAUAAAUCUGACUAUUUCUUAGUUGUGGCUAGAACUUGGGUACACAAAAUUGAAGAAUUGGACUCUAUAAAAACUUCCGUCUUUAUUGUUGACAAAUCUUCAAAUGGUAUCAAAAUCAGUGAACCUGUAGAACAGCUAGGCUCGAGAGGAAUCAGCAUUUGCAAUGUGACAUUUGAAGAUACAAUAGUUGGUGAAGAUGAUUUGCUAGGAAACAUAGGUGAUGGAUAUGAUAUAGCUGUUAAUAGUUUGAGCAAAGGAAAGCUAGCAAGAGCAGCUUCAAGGGUCGGUCUCUUGAAAAAAAUUGCUAACAUGGUCACCGAGUAUGCCAUUCAAACUAAAACUUCCGGGCUUUCACUGACCAAAUACGAACUGUGUCGGUACAACCUAGGUAACAUAAUGAGUGAUGUAUAUGCCAUUGAAAGCUUAGUUUAUCUCAUAGCUGGCAAUCAAGAUGACUUUUCUAGUUUUGAUUGCAUCCUCGAAGAGUUAUCAGCAGAUAUUUUCAGUUUGGAAACUUCUUUCAAUGUCAUUCAUCGGUGUAUAAACAUUAUAGGCCCACAAACAGUAUUGAAAGAUUCUCCUCUUGAACGUAUUUUGAGAGACUCCUACAGCUAUCUAUUACACGACUUGAUACCGACCGAUGUGAAGAAGAUUUAUGUGGCAACCAAUGGACUGCAACAUGCGGGUGCAUUAGCUUAUGAUGAGGUGAAGAAAGCUCGAAACCCGUUCAACUUCCCUAUGUUUACUCUGAAGAGCUUUAUAAAGUACGACAAUGCAUUGAAAGAAGAGCCAAAGCUACCCGGAGAACUGAGACAGAUGGUUCAUCCUUCAUUGGGUGUGGACGCUGAUAAGCUUGAGGUCUGCCUUAUUCGGUUUGAUUAUUUAGUGAAGGAAAUGAUGAAGCGUUGGGGAAAAGAACUUAUUGAUAGGCAAUACGAACUGAUUAAUCUUUCUAACUAUGCUACAUCGAUGCUUGUAAUGACUGCAGUCCUGGCCAGGGCCUCUCGCUCCUAUUGUAUUGGUAUUCAAAAUGCUGAUCUGGAAAGAACUCUCUGCAGCAGUCUUUGUCAACAACACCACAAAAUUGCGAUGAGAAUAUUCGAUGAUUUGAAUGAUGGACCCAUUGAUACUGGUCGUGCUGUGCUGCUGAAAGUCGGUGAGGAUGCAGUCGACAAAAAAGGCUAUUUCUUUUCUCAUCCUCUUGAUAGGAAUUACUGAGUUACCUCAAUUUGUAAGUUGUUAAAUUCACUCUAAUAAAUAGGUUUAACUUUA